AUGCGGAUCAACAAUUCUUCUUCGGGCGGCAGCUCUACGGUUGUUCUUGAGAUGCCAUCAAGGUCCCAGCAGCCAAAUAACUCAGAGAAGGACGUGCCCGUGUAUGAAGAUGUCUCAGCCGGAGCCCUACCCUCUCCAACGACUGCCACGCCUCAAUUGCAGAAAUGGAACUCACCUCGCAUCAACUUGUGGCGGUGUCUAGCGACCUUCUACUCCUUCAUCAUCCUCGGCGCCAAUGACGCCGCAUAUGGAGCCUUGAUCCCUUACCUCGAAACAUACUACCAUGUCAAUUACACAGUCAUCAGUCUCGUAUUUCUGUCGCCCAUAGUCGGCUACACAAUGUCGGCAUUAUUGAACAAUCAGAUUCAUACUGUGUACGGGCAAAGAGGGGUUGCGAUUUUGAUGAGCGUGUCGCAUGUUUGCGCUUACACUGCCAUCUCUGUUCACCCUCCUUAUCCUGUCCUGGUGAUAGUCUUCAUCCUCGCCGGGUUCGGCAAUGGCUUAGGCGACAGCGGGUGGAAUGCUUGGAUUGGUGAUAUGGCCAAUGCGAACGAAGUUCUUGGUUUCCUGCAUGGCUUCUACGGACUCGGUGCGGCUCUGUCGCCUUUAAUAGCAACCACUCUAGUGACGAAAGCGGACUGGCAUUGGUACGAAUUUUAUUACCUCAUGGUCGGCGCAGCAGUGCUCGAGGUUAUUCUCCUUGUCGGCACCUUUUGGAAAGCGGACGCUCAAGCCUAUCACGCUGAACACCCUCGAACUGCUGACACCGACUCCUCGGGCUCGAGCACUCCCACCGGUAUUGAAGCGACCAGCAACGGCGAAGGAGCGGCAAAGAAACAAGGCCUCCUUGGCAAACUGUCUCCGUUGCGAAAGAGAGGAAAGGGCAAGAGCAAGACAGCCGAAGCGGUCAAGAACAAAGUGACUAUUCUCGCCUCGGUAUUCUUACUUAUCUAUGUUGGGAUUGAGGUUAGUAUUGGUGGCUGGAUUGUGACUUUUAUGCUCCGUGUCAGGAAGGGGAAACCUUUUGCUUCUGGUCUCACAUCCAUGGGAUUCUGGCUCGGGAUCACUGUUGGUCGACUGGUCCUUGGCUUCGUCACAGCUCGACUCUUCAAGAGCGAGAAACACGCCGUGGCCACCUAUCUUGUUUGCAGCGUGGCGUUGCAAUUGCUGUUCUGGCUCAUACCGAAUUUCGUGGUCAGUGCAGUGAUGGUUGGGCUCCUGGGAUUCUUCCUGGCACCACUAUUUCCUGCCGCGGUUGUGGCACUCACAAAGCUGCUUCCGAAGCGGCUGCACGUCGCCGCUGUGGGGUUUGCAGCCGCUUUUGGUGCGAGUGGUGCCUGCGUUCUACCGUUUGCUGUCGGUGCUAUCGCCAAUGCGGCGGGAGUCAAGGUGUUACAGCCCAUCAUACUGGCAGCACUAGUGCUCUGUUUGGGUGUAUGGCUGUUGAUUCCGACGCUGCCAAAACAGAGGAUGGCAUAA